AGCUAUAUAUCAUUGCUUUUCAAUUUAAUCCAUCGUCUCUUUAAUUUUAUCUUCUUAAAUUUUCUAUUUCUUCAUCUGCUUGGUUGCAGAACGAAGAUAAACUGAUUCGUGAAUCGCAUUUGGUCUUUCAGUUUCUAGAAAUUGAAUUAUCAAUUGUUUAAUUUUAUCAGCGACAAACAGCGCGUUUGGUAAUUGCUCUGGAUUCUUUUUGUUAUUCCCUUUCGAAUUUUGAUAUUAGGGUUUCGUUAUUUUUUAGCUUGAUCUGAUUUGACAUAUUUUUGCUCGGUUUUGUUAUUGGUUGAAACUUUGUUACUUUUUAUUAAGAUAGUUUUCUAGUUGUUCUGCAGUUCAAUUGGCAAAGAUGACUAAAAGUUCCUUCAAGAUAGAGCAUGACUUUCAAAAAAGACGUGAACAUGGUGGAUGGAUAGUUAUUACACAAAUCCAAAACAAACAAUCAACACACCACACACUCAGACACAGACGCACUUCACAGCACGACAACUUCACGCUGCAAAUCCCCCAUUUCCAUUUCAUUUCAAACCAAAAACCAAAACCAAAAAACAAAAACGAUUUCAUUUUUUUUAACAAUUAUUUAAUUCAACUCUCGCAUUCUCAAUUUCUCGAAGCUCGGUACGCCAACUUUAAGCAAAGAGGAUUGAAUGCAGUCUACGGAGUCGUCCUACGUGUCGUCGCCGGAGGAGUUGGUGAGGAAGCGAACUCCGCCACCGCCGAAGUCGCUGCCUUCAGAUGACAAGAUUAACAAAAAGGCUAAAAAAAGUGAAAAUCUAGAAGAAUUAUCCACAGACCACGGCUGAAGCAAAGUUUCAGAGAAAUCGAUUGUUAGGAGUGUAGACUGAAGAUGGCAGCAAACCAGUUCUAUGAGCUGGAACUCAAAACCUGCCGGAGAGAACUUUAAGUCUUAAGACAAGUGCAGCUUAUGGGACAUCAACCAACGACCCAGAAAUUUAAUAGUCCACCACCAAUGGGCAAUGAUAAUUUAUCUCAACCGACUGACAACUGGAGUAGCAAGAUGGUCAACUUAGCUGGGAGUGCAUCUCAACCAACUGCAGAUCAGAAAAUUAGAUAUAGCUGGAGUGAAGAGUUUGGAGGGUUCAGCAGUGAAGGAACCAGACCCUUUGGAUAUGUUAGAGGAGGCGAAGGCAGAGAGGUGGUUCCGAGGCAUUGCUCAGAUAAAGGACAUCUCCGAGUUGAGCCAGAUCCCUGAUGAAGAUUUCCCAUCAAUAAUGCCAAUGAGGAAAGGAGUAAACAGGUUUGUUGUGAGCAAGAGGAAAAAGCCAUUAGAAAGGAGGUUGACAUCUUAGCAGUAUUGAAGAAAUCUUCCAAUUGUAAGUUCUGAUCUAAUAAAGAAAGAAAAUGAUAAUAAUUGAGCAUCUCAAUUGCGGUAUUCUUUGAUGUAAAAUAAUAAAUUUUGUUCGUUAUAAAAAUCAGAGAAAUAAGUCCUAUUAAAACGCAUAAAAUUGACAUUUAUUGUAUUAAUCUGAUUUUGAUAUAGUUCAGGCGACAUUGACGCUGUUUAAGGGUUAGCUAAUGUUAUUAGUCUAUUAAAGCAUCAAUUUA